UGGUGUCGGUUCUCAGGGCCAUGGGAGCUGGGCCAGGCUGCUCGACCACACUGGAGGCAGCAAGGGUCAUUCUUGCCACCUGAGAGGAACCCACGUCCUCCCAGGACCGUGUGGGGACGUGCUCCAGGGCACUGUGUCACGGGGCUCACCUUGGGCCGGAUGCCUCAGCUUGCUGCCUGAGCUGCAGCGACCAUGGCACAGAUAGAGCUGCCAGGCAGGUCGUGCAAUCCUGCCAAUAUGCUGGGGCUCCUGGUCAGGGGGCGCAGAGGGAGCCAGCAGGUUCUGCUCGCCCCCUGUCUGAUGCCAGUGCCGCCCUGCCAUGAGUCUAUGAGCCCCCUGCGGAUCAGCGUGGGUGGUCUGCCCGUGCUCGCGUCCAUGACCAAGGGUGCUGACCCGCGCUUCCGACUGCGCUGGAAGGCCAUCGUGCUGUCCUCAGCCUGCGUGGGGCUUCUGCUAUUGCUGCUCUGCCUGCACCGCUCCUCCCCAGCACGGCAUGGCCCCCCCAGCCCUCGCACCUGGCAGCUUGGCCUGCGGGCAGGGGAGCGCUACAAUGACACCUACCCGCUGUCCCCGCCGCAGAGGAACCCCGAGGGUGUGCGCUACCGCAUCGGCCUCAUCGCCGACCUGGACACGCAGUCCCGCGGCUCCCAGGAGCACACCUGGUUCAGUUACCUGAAGAAGGGCUACCUGAUACUGUCAGACAGUGGGGACAGAGUGACGGUGGAGUGGGACAAGGAUGAGAGCAUGCUGCAGUCCCACCUGGCUGAGAAGGGCCGGGGCAUGGAGCUCUCGGAGCUGGUGGUUUUCAACGGGAAGCUGUACGCGGUGGACGACCGGACAGGUGUGGUCUACCAGAUCGAGGGCAACAAGGUGGUGCCGUGGGUGAUCCUCCCAGAUGGGGACGGCACUGUGGGCAAAGGCUUCAAGGCGGAGUGGCUGGCAGUGAAGGAUGAGCACCUGUAUGUGGGAGGACUGGGCAAGGAGUGGACCACCACGACAGGGGAAGUGGUGAACGAGAACCCCCAGUGGGUGAAGGUCGUUGGCUACAAGGGUGACGUGAGCCACGAGAACUGGGUGACAAAUUACAACGUGCUGAGGGCUGCGGCGGGGAUCCGGCCCCCAGGGUACCUGAUCCACGAGUCGGCCUCGUGGAGCGACACGCUGCAGCGCUGGUUCUUCCUGCCGCGCCGCGCCAGCCACGAGCGCUACAGCGAGCGGGCGGACGAGCGGCGGGGCACCAACCUGCUGCUCAGCUCCACCCAGGACUUCGGGCACGUCACCGUGGGCCGCGUGGGCGACGUGGUUCCCACCCACGGCUUCUCCUCCUUCAAGUUCAUCCCGGACACGGACGACCAGAUCAUCGUGGCGCUGAAAUCGGAGGAGGAUGACGGCAAGAUCUCCAGCUACAUCAUGGCCUUCACGCUGGACGGGCGCUUCCUCCUGCCCGAGACCAGGAUUGGCAGUGUCAAGUACGAGGGCAUUGAGUUUAUUUAACAGACAUCUGGACCGAGUGGAGGCCUGUGGGCAGGCCCUGCUAGCCUGCUCCUAGCCCGGGGUCUGUGAGGGAUGUCAGGCAGCGCUCCCGGCUCUGUCCUUGGCCCUGGGCUCUCCUGUAAAGUGUUGACUGAGCUGCA